AUGAAUGUUGGCUCGAGCAGAAAGCAUGGGCGUUACACCAGACCUGCCCCCAAUGAGGAUCGGUCUACAACAGGGAAGAAAUGGGCCUUUCUAGUUGCAGGAUCGAAUGGUUACGUGAAUUAUAGGCACCAAGCCGAUAUUUGCCAUGCCUAUCAAAUAUUAAAAAAAGGCGGUCUUAAAGAUGAAAACAUCGUUGUUUUCAUGUACGAUGACAUUGCCUAUAAUCCUCAAAACCCUAGGCGCGGCGUUUUAAUCAAUCAUCCAAAUGGUUCCGAUGUUUAUAAUGGAGUUCCCAAGGAUUAUAUCGGAGAUUAUGGAAAUCUGGAAAACUUUUUAGCAGUGCUUAGUGGUAAUAAAAGUGCUACAAAAGGAGGUAGUGGUAAGGUUCUGGAUACUGGCCCUGAUGAUACCAUUUUCAUUUUCUACACAGAUCAUGGAUCUCCUGGCUCAAUUGGCAUACCAGAUGGGGGUCUUCUUUAUGCCAAUGAUUUCGUAGACGCGUUGAAGAAGAAACAUGAUGCUAAAUCCUACAAGAAGAUGGUGAUAUACAUGGAAGCAUGUGAAGCUGGGAGCAUGUUUGAAGGUCUUCUUCCAAAUGAUAUAAACAUUUAUGUAACUACUGCUUCGAAUAAAUCAGAGAAUAGUUACGGAUUUUACUGCCCAAACUCAUAUCUUCCUCCACCACCUGAGUAUGAUAUUUGUUUGGGAGAUCUCUACAGCAUUUCAUGGAUGGAAGACAGUGAGAAAAAUGACAUGACAAAAGAAAUUUUGAAAGAACAAUAUGAAACUGUUCGCCAAAGAACAUUACUUUCUCACGUGUUGCAAUAUGGUGAUUUAAAUAUCAGCAAUGAUACUCUAAUUACAUACAUUGGUGCAGACCCUACUAAUGUUAAUGAUAACUUCAAUGUCACUAGUACUACAAAUGUGUUUUCCUUUGAUGACUUCAAGUCUCCAAAUCCUACAAGAAAUUUUGGCCAAAGAGAUGCUCAUUUAAUUUAUCUUAAGACCAAGCUGGGAAGGGCUUCAAGUGGUUCGGAAGAUAAGUUAAAAGCUCAAAAGGAGUUAGAAGUUGAAAUUGCUCGUAGGAAACAUGUAGAUAACAAUGUCCAUCAAAUAAGCGAUCUUUUGUUUGGAGAAGAGAAAGGCUCCAUUGUAAUGGUCCAUGUUCGUGCAUCUGGUCAACCUCUUGUCGAUAAUUGGGAUUGUUUAAAGACACUUGUAAAAACUUAUGAGAGUCACUGUGGUACCCUAUCAAGCUAUGGAAGGAAAUACUUGAGAGCCUUUGCUAAUAUGUGUAAUAAUGGUAUCACUGUAAAGCAAAUGGUUGCAGCAUCAUUACAAGCUUGUCUGGAGAAAAACUAA